AUGCAGUCGGCCCAGUCUUCGUCGAGCGUGAACAGCUCCCAAUCUUCCAGCUCUAACUCGAACAACCCCGACUAUGUAUACUUCGACCGUACUACCGCUGGCUUCUCGGAUGACGCUGUUCCUCGCGCGAAAGCUGCCCAACUGAAGUUGGAGCACUUCUACAAAGUCGCCGUUGAUGCUGCCAUAGAGCGCAACACCAGACGCGUAGAACUCGAGAGGAAGCUCGCCGCUGACACGACCAUGUCUGAUGACCGGAAACAGCGGCAGCUACAGCAGCUCGGAAAGAGGGAGUCCGCGUUUCUACGGCUUCGCAGGACAAAGCUUGGUCUGGAUGACUUCCGGACGGUGAAGGUCAUCGGGAAAGGUGCAUUCGGUGAAGUUCGUGUGGUACAGAAGACAGACACAGGAAAGAUAUAUGCGAUGAAAACACUAAGAAAGGACGAGAUGUUGAAAAAGGAUCAGCUUGCGCACGUACGCGCGGAACGCGAUGUCUUAGCAGAAUCCAACUCCCCAUGGGUGGUGCAACUGUACUAUUCCUUCCAGGACCCUGCGUAUCUCUAUCUGAUCAUGGAGUUCUUACCUGGCGGUGACCUGAUGACGAUGUUAAUCAAGUAUGAUACUUUCACGGAGGAUGUCACCCGCUUCUACAUCGCGGAGUGUGUGCUGGCCAUUGAAGCCGUGCACCACCUCGGAUUCAUCCAUCGUGAUAUAAAGCCGGACAACAUCCUCAUUGAUCAGUACGGGCACAUAAAGCUGUCCGACUUCGGGUUGUCAACCGGCUUUCACAAACAGCACGACUCGAGCUAUUACCAGCGUCUGCUGGACUCUGCUAACGGUGUGACCUCUCCGACGACCGCGGCGCGAAACAGUGUCAUGGUCAAUGCCAUCCACCUUACAAUGACGAGCAAGGAUCAGAUUGCGACGUGGAAGGCCAACCGUCGGAAGCUCGCAUACUCUACCGUCGGUACACCGGAUUAUAUUGCUCCCGAAAUCUUCCUGCAGAAAGGUUAUGGAGACGAGUGCGACUGGUGGUCGCUCGGCGCAAUCAUGUUCGAGUGUCUUGUCGGCUAUCCUCCCUUCUGCUCUGAAAACACGCAUGACACGUACCAGAAGAUCAUCCAGUGGCAAAACUACCUUAUCUUUCCCGAUGACGUGCACCUAAGCCGUGAAGCAGAGGACCUCAUCAGACGCCUCGUCACCUCGCCCGACCGACGAUUGAACGUGGAGCAGAUGAAACACCAUCCGUUCUUCUACGGUGUUAGUUGGGCCGGCAUCAGGAACAUCGAGGCACCCUUCAUUCCUCGCCUGCGUUCAAUUACAGAUACGUCUUAUUUCCCGACGGAAGACCUUGACCAGGUGCCCGACGAGCCUGUUAGUGCAGACACGACUGGCGCAAGCAAGGAUUUGGCGUUCUUGGGAUACACUUUCAAGCGGUUCACGAUCUCGUCUCAUGCAUUCUGA